AUGGGGUGCCUGCAGAGCGUGGCCUGCAAGGCGCGGGUCCGUCGGGAGCAGAUCGUGGUCUCGGACGUGUCGGCCACCAUCGAGCCGGCGGCCACCGCUAUCGAGGAGAGCUCGCCGGUGGUGCUGCGGUACCGCACGCCCUACUUCCGCGCCUCGGCUCGCGUCCUCAUGCCACCCAUCGCCCGGCGGCACACCUGGGUGGUGGGCUGGAUCCAGGCCUGCAAUCACAUGGAGUUCUACAACACCUACAGCGACCUCGGCGUGUCAAGCUGGGAGCUGCCCGACCUGCGAGAAGGCAGAGUAAAAGCCAUUAGCGAUUCAGACGGAGUGAGCUACCCCUGGUAUGGGAACACCACAGAGACUGUCACCCUGGUCGGGCCCACUAACAAGAUCUCCAGGCUCUCAGUGAGCAUGAAUGACAAUUUCUACCCCAGCGUGACGUGGGCCGUGCCUGUCAGCAACAGCAACGUGCCGCUGCUGACCCGGAUCAAAAGGGACCAGAGCUUCACCACCUGGCUGGUGGCCAUGAACACCACCACCAAGGAGAAGAUCAUCCUGCAGACGAUAAAGUGGAGGAUGCGAGUGGACAUUGAGGUGGAUCCCAUGCAGCUGCUGGGGCAGCGGGCGCGGCUGGUGGGCAGGACUCAGCAGGAGCAGCCCCGGAUCCUCAGCAGGAUGGAGCCCAUUCCACCAAACGCCCUGGUGAAGCCCAAUGCCAACGAUGCCCAGGUGCUGAUGUGGAGACCCAAGCGAGGACAGCCGAUAGUGGUCAUACCUCCCAAGUAG